AUGCCGCCUCCAUUUUCUUUCCCUCCCCCUCUCCAGCCCUACGACAAGAGCGACUACCAGAUCAUCAAAGAAGGUGACUGGAACAACAUGCAUGAUUUCAUGAGCUCCUAUGACCUGAAGGCUUGGGGACAGAGCGAUUACGAGAUGACGAAGCAGAUCUUGGAGGGAUUUCGCGAAGUUGACCAGCAGGCUUGGGAGGAACAGUACGGUUACCACGGCGAGCUUGAGCAGGAUUACCACCGAGAUAACCACUAG